AUGGAGUCCUUGGAUAGCCCACAAUCGACGUUGAUCCCGGUCAAUUCCGCUCUGUUGCAAGAUCUGUCGAAGCCUAAGAUCUCGAAAUCGAGAGUUGCAUCGGGUGUAUCUGUGAAAACGGAGCCGACAUCUGUGUCGUUUCAGCAAGAACUGCAAGCACAGAGUCAAAAGCUGCAGGCUCCUACUCAGGCUCGGCCACAAAAGAACAACGCUCGGUCAAUCCAGCCGGAUCUGUCUUCAUCUGGUCAACCUCCAGCUAAAAGGGCGAAAUCGCUGUCGAAGUCCCGGAAUGGCUGUAAUACUUGUAAAAAGAAGCGGCUCAAGUGCGAUGAGACUAAACCAGCCUGUAACAAUUGCACGAAAAGAAAUAUUGCGUGUGGCGGCUAUGCUACUCGAUACAAAUGGAGAGUGUUCAAUGAGGGCAAGGAAGAACCGCUUCAAACUGAGCCUUUCGCAGGUCGAAAGGAAAGCUCUCAAGGCGGGACCACGAUCUUAAAAUCUGAAAGCUCUGCAAAUUUGAUGCAUUUAGGGCCAUUGGGAGAUGGUGGAAUCUUGCAAGGGAAAUCUGGGCCCGGCAAUGCAAUGUUGCUUGCCUCUCCAAACACAGGCACUACGAAUAAGAGGGUUCAAAUAAAUGAAGCUCGUCUGCCGCGUGGCCUGGUGUCAGGAAAUCAGGGCGAAUUGAAGCCGCUACUGCUCAAUGAACAUUUGGAGUUGGCCGCUCUUUCCGUCGUGGGCAAGUCGUCCAAGGAAAUAGAGAUCGAACAAAAUCUAUUGGCAAAAGGCCUCAAUCCUCAGUCAUAUCGUCAUGAUUCCAUUGGAGAUUUUGGUCCAAAUGCCCAUGAUCAGCCUCAACGAGGGAUGAGACACAAAAUGCAAAGAAGCUACAGCUCGGAGAAUGUACCUGUCGAUACGCCAUCUCCCACGGCGCUUCAACGCUCCCGGUCUUUGUCGACUUAUAAUGUUCCAACAGAGGUGCAAACUUUCCGGGCUGCUCAUUCCUCAAUCGGUCUUCAUUCGUUGGCUGAAGCUGCAGUGGAUGAGAUGAGAGUCCGCUCUCCAGCCUCGACGCCGUCUCUUCCACACUUUCCACAUUCUGCGGGUGUGACGCCUGAGAGCUUACCUCUCUCUCAUUACUAUGGUCCCGACAAGACUCCGAGAAUCUCUUCAGCUGUUCCAACACCGAAGCCUUGGUUGUUUAAUACUAUACAUGGUGACACGAUGCACGGUGCAAAGGAUAUACUACCUGAGAUCAACAUAACACCAUCUCUCUCUGCGAUCAUCAAUUAUGCAUUUACAGAGGAUGGUCAGAGACACCCUGAACAUUACUCAACGAAGCUCCUAGGAGGGCCGGAAGGCGGGGCGCCAAGUCCUUUGGAUUUGAAUCUCGCUCACCAGCUAGAGGUUGGCAGUCCAGUCGAUCCACGGCGCCCAAGCAUAGCUUCCAGUUUGGGUAAAGUUGUCACACCAAAUGUACAUUUUGCCCAGGAAAACACUCCACAGGACAGCAGUGAGCUUCUCUACGAGGUGGGUUGCCAGCUCAUGCGUCAUGCAUGUCCAUCACCUUCGAUAAUACGGGGUGUUUCUCACGACAGUUUGUUGCGGUCUUCGGAGCAUGAGCAAAUCUUGUUUCUUUAUUCUACAUACACUUGUGGCAUUAUGUCCAUCAAGUCGGGAGUUGCUGAAAAUCCUUGGAAAAACUUAUAUCUUCCAGUUUGCUCAGACUAUCCAUAUCUCUUCAAUUCGAUAGCCUCGAUGACAUUGUUUCAUCUCGCUUGCAACAGUAAUGUCAGCGAGAAUAGUGCUCUUUUGCGUUCUAAGGGCUAUGCCUACAUGAAAAGUUGUAUUUUAGAGUUGGCGAGUGGACUUUCGAAGAUGGAGAACAAUCUGAAUUGUGACUACAUGUUUCCCGCAGACGUGGCUCUAGCAACAUGUCUUAAUUUAGCUGUGAGUGAGUCAUGGGAUACGCAUAUAUCAAGUGGAAUCGCUCAUUUGAAAGGUGCAAAUAGUAUGAUUCAGAAGGUUCUCAGUGUUAUUAAACAGUACCUUGCGGCAGGACGCAAAGGAAAUGCUGGUGGAGCGAGCCGUGCAAUGUUGAGAAAGAAGUUGGUCUUCGUAAACAAUGAAGAGUGGAAGAAAAUUGAAAAUUUCGACCUUGAGCACAAGGACUCGUCGGUCCUGACUGACAUGUAUGUGCCUAGGAACCUUCAACUUCUCUUCAAUCAAUGGAUUUACUUCGAGGUGUUGUCACAAAUGACAUGCUACAACGGCCAAGAUAUAAAAGGAAUAGACUUAGUGGCAACCAUCACAAAAAUCAUCCAGAAGACUGAAAAGAAACGUGACGAGGAGACUAGAUCUGCUGAAAACACAACAUCCCCAUUGGGCUCUCAAGAUCUGCAUGGGAAUAGUGUCAACGGUGCUUUGAGUGCGGAUCAAUUCUUUUUGGAGAAGUUUGAUGCAAUGCUCAAAAAUGUGGACUACGUGGAUCCACUUUUAGGGUGUGCUCAAUCCUUAUUCCUGAUCAUGGGACGAGUUGCGAAUCUCAUUUCCAAGGUGCGAUUAUCCAGAGAAAAGGAUCCCAAACAGGUUCGAAACAGUUUGACGAAUAUUUCUCUUGCGUCAGAGUUGAAGCAGCAGCUAGUUGACUGGCGCCCGAACAUCUCUGCUCAAAUGGCAGAGCUAGGAAGCAAAGAGUCGAAAGACUCUAGUUGGGACUUCUACUCAUGCAUUUCUACCGCCGAAGCGUACAGGUAUGCUACGUUGUUGUAUUUGCAUGAGGCGGUCCCAGAGGUUCCUCUGAUACUGUCUCAUCAACUUGCCGAGAAGAUAUUUGUGUUGCUUGCAUCAAUUCCAAGCAACUCCAAUUUAUUCAUUGUUCACAUUUUUCCUUUACUUGUGAGUUCCUGUGAGGCAGAACCCGGCGAAGAGCGUGAGUGGUGUCUGUCACGUUGGGCGUCGCUUUCAACGAAGCUCUGGAUCGGAAAUAUAGAUCGCGCUUUUGAGGUUGUCAAGGAGGUUUGGAGGCGGAAGGAUGAGCAAAUGCAAAAGUCAAGUGAUACUGCUAUUCAAGAGAAGUUGGAUCUUAAUGAUCCCCGGGACUUUUCUGUCCACUUACAUGGUCUCAUGUCCUCAAUUAACAAGAAUAAGGUCGCCGACGACAAAGGAAUCGUCAGCAAAACACAUUGGAGCACGAUUAUGAGGGAAUGGGGCUGGGAGGUGCUUCUUGCCUAA